AUGGCGCCAUUGAACACUCACAAGCAGCACCAGCACGCCGUUGGCGACCACAAAAAGCACCACGAAGGCGGCGGGUCCUCGAAAGCCAAGACCAAGGGAGCGACGACGACCAAAACGACCAAGAAGACCAAGUCUAAGCGGCUCCCCGUGACGCUGCUCUCCGGCUUCCUUGGCGCGGGCAAGACGACGCUCCUCAAGCACAUUCUUCAGUCGAACGACCACAAGUUGCGCAUUGCCGUGAUCGUCAACGACAUGGCCGAGCUCAACAUUGACGCGAAAUUCAUCCACACGGCGGCUGGCCUGGUCCAGACCAAGCAAGAAAUUGUGUCGAUGCAGAACGGGUGCAUCUGCUGUACCCUCCGAGGAGACCUCGUCCGUGAAAUCGCCAAGCUGCAGAACUUGCACGCGUUCGACUACCUCGUGAUUGAAUCCACGGGCAUUGCCGAGCCGUUGCAAGUCGCAGAGAGCUUUAUCUUUGACCCCGCCACGGCCGAGUUGGCCGGGGACGGCGCCGACAUGCUGUGGGACCUGGCCGUGCUCGACACGUGCGUGACGGUGCUGGACGCGUUGGAGUUCCCCACGAUGCUUCGCUCCACCAAUCGCUUCGACCAAGCGUUCCCCACCGAAGCCACUGACGACCAGGCCGAAGGCGCCAAGCCGAUUAGCCAGCUGCUCAUCGACCAAGUAGAGUUCGCCAACGUCAUUCUCGUCAACAAGAUGGACCUCGUGCCGUCCGAGGCCGAUCGCGCCACGGUGUUGCGGCUCGUGCAGGCGCUCAACCCCACGGCCAAAGUCGUCGAGACCACACAGUCGGUCGUCGCGCUCGACGAGAUCCUCAACACGAAGCGAUUUGAUUUGGAGACGGCCAAGGCGUCGGCGGGGUGGAUGGACUCGCUCCGUGGGGAAGCCGUGAGUGAGAAGGACGAGUACGGCAUCGGGUCGUUUGUGUUUCGUGCGCGGCGGCCGUUCCACCCCCAGCGACUGCACGCGUGGGCGAAUCGUCGAUUCCGGUUCAACAUGGCUGGUCACUUUGACAACCACGCCCCCACACCACCUUCGUCUUCCGCCACCACCAACAACGAGACUCCCGAUGAUGGCGACAUCUUGCGGUCUAAGGGAUUUUGCUGGAUCGCUGGGCGAGACGACACGAUGGCCGAGUGGAACCACCACGGCCGCCUCUUGUCCAUCGCGCCCAUUCAGCCGUGGUGGUGCGCGCUGCCGGAAGCAGACUGGGACGUGUCCAACGAGUCAGAUAUCGAAGACAUCAAGCGCGACUUCGAGCACCCGUACGGCGACCGCAAGCAAGAAAUUGUGUUCAUUGGGACCAACUUGGACGAGUCCAAGUUGAGCGAAAGCUUGGCGACGUGUCUGCUCACGGACGACGAGCUGCACCAGCACACCCGAGGCACCCCCGCCACAAAUGACCGACUCAAGUGCACAAAGCGAUGGCUAUACGACCCGCUGCCUGCGUGGACCGAAACGGUGGAUGAUGCGCAAGUGUGGACCACAGUGCUGCGCGACCAACAGACGGUGCAGUUUGAAGUAGCCGGCAACGUCGAGCUCAACGUGAACGCGAUUUCGCUGCUUGUCCAAACAACAGACGAAUUCAGCGGCUACCCAGUCGAUGUGGAUGUUGAGAACCUUCCGUUUUCAGCUGCUCAAGUCUGGUAUGACAACAGCAUCGGGGACUCGGUCAUGUUGUGUGUCCUGCGGCCUAACGAUACCAACGCGUCGGCGUCGGCAUGCUGCUUGACGGUGCCAGGAAACCAAGUGAUCCAUCGGUUGCGCGUGAAACUCGUAGUGAAUGGCAAGAAGCGGAAGCAUAACUUGGAGGCGUUGAUGAAGGAAUGGGCCAGUCGGUUCGAAGUGCACAUAGCGGCAGACGUGCGAGUCGUCGCCGAAGAAGAGGAGGAAGACGAGGAGGAAGACGAAGAGCAUUAA